GUGCUUUCAGACGCGCGUGAAUUUGUAAUGAACGUUUUAUCUGUGAAUUUGUGCUCGUUUGUUUUUGCUACGGGCAGUGAGUGGAGCGGGUUACGUCAUGCAGAGAGACAGGCUCACUUCAGUUACCCGAAAAGUUAUUGUGAUUUUAUUCUGUGGGGUUUUCUGUACUGUGGUGUCGAGAGUUCAAGGAGUUUUGGACGAGAGAGGUGAAAAUGAGAAACGCCUCAUCUACGACCUGUUUGAGAAGAACGGCUACAACCCCCUCAUUCGGCCAGUGGUCAACAGCAACGACACGCUGGACAUUCAGUUCAAUCUGGCUCUCAGUCAGAUUAUUAAUGUGGACGAGGUCAACCAAGUGAUGAAAACAAACGUCUGGCUGCAAAUUUACUGGAAGGAUUAUCAGCUCAAGUGGGAUAAAGCUCUCUACGGCAACAUCGACUCGAUCAGGAUUAAACCAGAGAAGGUCUGGGUGCCAGACUUUGUGCUCUUUAACAACGCCGACGGUAAAUACGAGGUGACCUACAAGUCCAACUGUGUCCUCUACAGCAGCUCAGACAUCAACUGGAUCCCGCCCGCCAUCUACCACAGUUCCUGCUCCAUCGACGUCAUGUACUUCCCCUUCGACCAGCAGGUCUGUGAGAUGAAGUUCGGGUCCUGGACCCACAAGGGCAACGCCCUGAAGUACACGUUCUACCAAAACAUGAACAAGCUUGACCUGACGGACUACCUGAAGAGCGGGAGCUGGGACAUCAUCGACUGCCCGGGGAAGAUCGUCACCAUCAAAGACAACGUGACUGGGGAAGAGAAGGACCAGAUUGUCUUUGAGUUCGUCCUGAGGCGGAAGACGUUGUUCUACACCGUCAACCUCAUCAUCCCCUGCGUCCUCAUCUCUUUCGUCAGCAUCUGCGUGUUCGCUCUCCCAGCAGACGGCGGGGAGAAGAUAACUCUGUGUAUCUCAGUUCUGCUGGCGCUGGUCGUCUUUCUGCUGCUUGUAUCCAAGAUCCUCCCACCCUCCUUGACCAUCCCCCUCAUCGCUAAAUACUUACUGUUCACCUUCAUCAUGAACCUCAUCGCUAUUCUAUCGACUGUUAUAAUAAUAAAUCGGAAUUACCGUACCCCCAGGACUCACCAUAUGCCUCACUGGGUCAAGGUCGUGUUCUUAAGGGAGUUACCUCGGUACCUGUUCAUCAAAAGACCGGACCACAUGAACAGGUGGCAGGGAAAGACAUUCUCCCCGCCCCCGUCAUUCCACUCCACGCCGGAAGUCAGGAGGGUCAACGUCAGCAUCGGCCACAACAACGACCUCCUGGAGCUGACCGAGGUCCACCACCCCAACUGUAGGCUCCACCCCCUGGGCUCCAGCCAGGACAAGCGUGAGCACGGCUGCGUGUCCACGUGUCCGGCCAGUGUCCAGCACGAUGGCACCGAGACUGCAGAGUUCCACAUGACGCCGGAGCUCUACAAGACCGUGGAGGCGGUCAAGUUCAUCUACCUCCACCUCAAGCACGAGGAGGAGUACGAGAACAUUCUGGAGGACUGGAAGUAUGUGGCGCGUGUGCUGGACAGACUGCUGCUGAUCGUGUUCCUGCUGGUCACUCUGGUGGGCACGGCUGGCAUCUUGCUGAACGCCCCCCACAUCCUGGAGUACGUGGACCAGGACAAGAUCAUACAGGGGGUCUUAGACUACAUACAGAAGGCCAAACAGUCAUCAUUCUAAGUCAUACAGCAGUCAUACAGCAGUCAUACAGCUAAGUCAUACAGCUAAGUCAUACAGCUAAGACAUACAGGGAAGUCAUAUAGCUGUGAUCCAGCACAAUUAUCCAAAUAAGUCAUGCAACUAAGUCAUCCAACUAAGUCAUCCAGCAAAGUCUAGCAAAGUCAUCCAGCUGUCAUUCAGCAGCCACGCAACUAAAUCAUCCAACUGUCAUCCAACUAAGUCACCCAGCAGUCAUCAUCUAAUUCAUGCAACUAAGUCAUCUAGCCAAGUCAUCCAACAGUCACGCAGUCAGCAAUGACUCCUUAAGACAGUAAACCAAACAAUGCCCCCAGACAAUGUCCAGCGAUCCAAACAAUUGAGUACCAUAUCGUUACGUCACACAACUCGAGGCAGACAUUUUGUAAGUACAAUCUGUGUUAUUCCCCUCAUAAAUUCAGAUGAACUUUGCUUUUAUUUCCUUCCAUGAAUACAUUGGGUUGUUGGCAACUAGCGGUCGCAUAUUGUGUGAUGGGUUGUGUGUACCUUGUGGGGUACAGUGUACGAUUAAAGCUAGCCGUUUAUAGUGUACGAUUAAAGCUAGCUGUGUAUGGUGUACGAUUAAGGCUAGUCAUGUACAGUGUACGCUUAAAGAUUGCUACACUAGGCCACAGGUUUUAUGGGCGAGAGGCUAGACGAUAAAUAUGUGGCUAGAUCUAGAUCGAUUGUCUUGAGCAAAUAUGGGAAUAGUUGUGUAUUGAAUGUUUGCUGUGAUCUAUAGUUUGAUCUGUGGUGUGAUUAUAAUGUGAUAUAUAGACUGAUAUAUAAUGUGAUAUAUAGACUGAUAUAUAAUGUGAUGUAUAGACUGAUAUGUAAUGUGAUGUAUAGACUGAUAUGUAAUGUGACGUAGGGAUUGGUCUUUGAUGUGAUGUGCUGAAUGACAAAACGAAGGUAGUCGGGCCACAUUAUUACAGCAGUAUUUAGUGCAUGGGUUGGAGAAGCUUCUACCCCGGGGGUCGGGAAACUGCAUUCUGGGCCAUAUUAUUCGUUCGCCUCUAGCUAGAUCGAUCUAUAGAGCUAAAUUUUUGUUUGUGAGUACCUUACAGACCUCAGCGUUAAAACCCAAAUAGAAGUACAGCCACGUAGAAUAUUUAAAUGGGACCCAACAUUAUUUAACAAUAACUACUGAAACUAUUUAAAUGAAACUAGAAAAACUGUUUUACAACAACUACACAAAAUAUUUCUCUUUAACUACACAUUUUAUUUAACUGUAAGUACACGGAAGAUUUAACGAGAACUACAAAACCUUUUAAUUAUAACUAGAAUAACCUUAAAUACACAAACGGAAAUUUAUUUUAAAAACAUUUUGUGUGAAAUAUUUUAAAAGUUCUAGCUUUGGAUAGUCAGAGAUAUAAUAUUACACCAUUACAUAUCUUUUUACCCUAUAAUAUGAUGGGUACAAAAUAACUCCUAGCAAAUAGAAUGCUCAAAACUCCCCUGGAUGUAGUAAACCACAUUGCAAGUAUAACAUAGCUGUUGGAUGAAUAAAAUGGCUCAUGAAUGGCUCUCUAAUUACCCUCUCCCCCCGGGCCUAUGAAGACAACAGUAUAAAGACUGUCUGCUGGUGUUGUUUCAAGCCACCCCCACAGUGGUGCUGUGAUGUGACUGCCACACCAUCAAACAAGCCACCCCCACACCCACAAACACUGGUGCUGUGAUGUGACUGCCACACAAUCAAACAAGCCACCCCCACACCCACAC